GAACUUCACAUCAUGUUCGAAUUUUUGGUGAUUGUAUAUGAGUAUUUGGUGAUUGUGUAAAAGUUAGUGAGACCAAUGUUUUAAAUCUCGGCAAAGUUACGAGAUAAGGGAAUUGUGUAAAAGUUAGUAAGACCAUCCAAUUCCAUCAAUUUACGAAAGUCUAUUUGUGUGUUUGGUUUUGCGGUGACGAUAAUUGAUUCUAAAUGAAUGAAUUUGGUAUAAUUGAUUUUGAAUAAAAGUGAAUUAAAUAUAUAAUAAUUUAUUCUUAUUUUUUUAUCAAAUAAUUUAUGUUUGAAUUCAUUUAUGUAAAACUGAUUUGAAUAACAGUUUUCAAUAUAAAAAUCAUAUUUAAACACAAAAACCACUCAUCCUAACUUUAUUAUAACCCAUUCUUAAACCAAAAUCACUUCUACUUUUGAAAAAGCAAAUAUCAAAAAAUCAAUUUUCACUUGUCUCUUCCAAAAUGGAAAUGAUGUACUAAGUAACGCCUAUACAAAAAGAAACGUUAUAAUUUGCGCGCGCUCGCAUAAAAGUUGAUCAACUUUGAAGAAGUAAGAGAUUGAAGAAAAAUGGAGGGAAAGUUGAUGAAGUCAGAAUCACAACCAGAGAGCACGAUUCUACUCACCAAAAUCAAAGAAUUCACUCGAGGUUUACUGGUGAAUCUCAGUAACGGAAACUCACCGAUCAUUCUCAUCGAUCGAUUCAGAAAUCACUGUACUCUUCCAGAUUCCAACUGUUUCUGUAGUUCCAAUUUGCCGUUUGGCAAGGAAGUUCUCACACUUUGCAAGGAAACGCACGUUCACAGAUUAGAUGUGAUGUUGAGAGUUCUGCUGAUUGUUCAGAAGCUUUUGCAAGAGAACAAACAUAGUUCCAAGAGAGAUAUAUAUUACAUGCAUCCUUCUGUGUUUUUGGACCAAUCAGUUGUGGACCGCGCUAUUAAUGAUAUAUGCGUCCUUAUGCAGUGCAGUCGCCAUAACCUCAAUGUGGUGUCUGCUGGGAAUGGGUUAGUUAUGGGCUGGAUAAGAUUCGUCGAAGGAAAAAAGAUAUUUGACUGCAUCAGUUCUCCCAACACUGCUCACCCUAUUCCUGUUUAUGUCGAAGAAAUUAAAGAUAUCGUAAGUGUUGCUCAGUACAUAUUAGUUGUUGAGAAAGAAUCAGUUUUCCAGAGAUUAGCAAAUGACCAGUUCUGCAAUGCAAACCAUUGCAUUGUCAUCUCUGGAAGAGGCUACCCAGAUAUUCCUACAAGAAGGUUUUUGCGGCUUCUGGUUGAGAAUUUGCACAUACCUGCUUAUUGCGUGGUGGAUAGUGAUCCUUAUGGCUUUGAUAUCUUAACCACUUAUAAAUUUGGCUCAAUGCAAAUGGCUUAUGACACGAAACAUCUUCGUGUCCCAGAGAUAUAUUGGCUUGGAGCUUUUCCUUCAGAUUCUGAGAGAUACUGUGUUCCAAAGCAGUGUCUCCUUCCUUUGACUGCUGAAGAUAAGAGAAAAAUUGAAGCCAUGUUGCUUCGAUGCUACCUGCAAAGAGAGGUCCCACAAUGGAGGUUGGAGCUCCAAAUGAUGUUGGAGAAAGGAGUGAAGUUUGAGAUUGAAGCUUUAUCAGUGCACGCACUUUCAUUCUUGACAGAGUCUUAUAUACCAUCCAAAAUUCAUGGUCAAGUUAACAUCUAGCGUAUUCCAGAAAUGGGCUUGCGCACAGGUUGCACACAUUUCAUUAUGCUUUUGGGAAGAGCAACUCCCUCCUCUAAAUCAGUACAAAUGUUUUAUUGCAUACCACAAUCAUGAGUUUUCAGAGUUAAUAUCCUUUUGCAAUGUGUAAGUUACAUGUCGGUUAGAGAAUGGUUUCAUUUGGUAUUUUAGAGUUGCAGGGGACUAGUCUAGGAUCUUUGAUCCAUUUUUGUCUACCAAUUAAAGAUACUAUAUGCCAUUGUUACCAAGGGUGUAAGAUUGUGACUGCUUUAAGCAAAAAGAUAUAUAAAAAUCUUUGAAGUUA